GUUGCGGCACAGACGGCGCAUGCAAACAGACUGUAAAGCAACUUAAAAAGGACACAAGCAAUAGAGUAAGUAUUCCGCUUGUGUUUCAGGCUACUUUCAUUAUGGCUGUGUGGCUGGUUUAUUCAUGGUUUCCUAUGUUAUCGGCGUGUUGUGUAUCGUUAUUCAUUCCACACAUAGUACAUAGUUGCAGAGAGUGUCGGGAUGCGGGGUGUUCGCCGAGUAAUUGGAGGAAGGCGAUACGAAGACGUUAUUGACAUGCAAAAAGGUGUAAAUGAUGAGCUGCGUGAGUCAUACAGUACAAGCGGACACUCAUGAUCAGCCAGGCAGACCAGCUGAGCGACAAUGCUGCGUAGUAAAACCUGUGUUGUGUUGUGUUGUGUUGUGUUACGGGGGACACUGGCAGAGUAUUUAACCUGCUGAUACGUUUGUAUCAGGACCUCAUAAAAAAAAACAUAUUUCUGACAUUUGUGUGUGCCCGAAGCGGUCACAAAAUUGACGGUGAAUUGUCUGACAAUUGUGUUAACUAUUGCAAAAGUAUUUUCAUCUUCUAACACGUGCGCACUUGCACCCAUUCACUCACGCACACGUCCCCUCCACUCGUCCAUGCAUUCAUUUCACAAAUACACUUGGUCGUGCAUUCAGCCACUCACCCUUGUAGCAAUCUACUCCCUCACCCAUUUCUUCACUCACUCACCCAACUACUGUUCAUCCCAUCCCACCCAUCUACUCAGUCAUCCACGUAUGCAUCUCCUCCCUCACCCAUGCAUUCCUCAUACAUCCAUCCACUCAGUCACUUAUUCAUGACUCAUGCAUCCAUCCAGCAGCUACAUCAAGGGUGUCCAAAGUGCAGCCCGGGGGCCAUGUGAGGCCCGCGGCUGUUUUUUUUAUUGGCCUGUGGCGCAAUCUACAAAUGGAACUCAACAAGAAAACUAAAGUGUGGAAAUAUCAGCAGUCAUUUUACAAGAAUAAAGCCACAACAUUCAAGGAAAAAAAGUUGUAAUCUGACGAGAAAAGGUUGCAAUUUCAGGAGAAUAACGUAAUAUCAUGAAGAAAAAUAAGUUGAAAUAUUUUUAAAAACAUGUUUGUUUGUUUUUUUAAGUCGGAGAUUUAUGAGAAAAAACAAAAUAAAGUUUUGUCAAAUCAGGUUGGGGAUGAAGUUAUAACGUCCCCAGAAUAAAGUCAAAAUAUUAUGAGAAUAAAGUCACAAUUACAAGAAAAAAAUACAAGAAGAAAGUUGAAAUAGUUGGAAAAUUAAAAAAAAAAAAAACAGCAGCAAUGGUAAAAAAAAAAAAAAAAACAGCUGUAAUUUUAUGAGAAUAAAGUCAAAACGUUGAGAAAAAAGUCAUAUUCUAACCAGAAAAAAAAGUUGCAAUUUUACGAGAAUUUAUAAAAAACUCCUAAUAUUCUAAGAAACUAAACUAUUAUAAGAACUAAACAAAAUAAAGCUGUAAGUUUUGGAAAAGGAGGUUGGGGGAAAAAGUCAUAAUAUUACCGGAAUAAAGUCAAAAUAUCAUGAGACCGAGUCCGAUACCGAGUGAGAUCGUCCGAUAGCGAUCACAUGGAUUAAUUGUACAAGUUUCAAUGGAUGUAUGAUGAGUGCUAUUGGCCAGGGCCGCCGUGAGACCAUUCCAAGGGCCCCUGGCCAAUCGGUAAUGUUCUUUAAACAACAACACACAAAUAGUGUUUGGAGGACAUGAUUUGAGUUAGUAGAAUUAGUAGAAUGGCAACAAAAGACACUUGACAAAGUUGGCAUGUGCCCAGUUGACGUAAUCCACUUCCCCGUAAGGUUUUACAGACUCGUGUUGGUUCUCGAGGAAAUACGGGACAAAGUGCGUUUCUUGUCGGCUCAGUACGGGUGUUGGCGACCCCACGUGACACAGCACACACGCAUGUUCAUGUCAUGUUUGUGUUGUCAUGUCAUGAAUCGUCACGUCGCCGCCGCACGGCCAUCGUUUAUUGCGAUCGGCUUUGAAAGGAUUUGAUCAGCACAUGCCGAUCACGUGUUUUUUUUUUUUAACGAUAAUAAUCGGUGGCCGAUCUAUCGGAGCAUCCCUAAGUCAUAUUAUUACAAAAAAAAUGUACAAAGAUUAUUUAAGAAGAAACGAUAUUUGGAAAUUUUAAAAAACCCAGCAAAAAUGGAAAAAGACAGCCAAGACUGAAGUUCAUACUUGUAAUAGUUUUUGUUCCCCUACUGUGUGUCAUAAAACUGAGAUGCAGUUUUUGGUGAAAUACAAACAACUUGUUAGCAUGUGUUGCUUUACGAAAUAUCUAAAGGGCAAAGUCGCAUCCUUUCACUUUUCACACGUGGCCUCACUGGAGAAGAUUUGGACACCCCUGAUCUACACAUUCAUUCAUCCACUCACUUAUUCAUCAUAUCAUCAUGGAUUCCUCCACACACUUAUCACCCAUUCACUUUCUCACCCAUUCAUUCAUCCAGCUACUCACUCACCUGUUCAUUCAUUAUCCAUCCACUCACUCAUUUAUUCACUCACGCACCCAUCCAUCCAUCUUUGUGUGCAUCAUCAUCCAUCACCUGGUAACCAAGUAGUCAUGUAGUAUACUUGCAGUCACUCCCAGUGCACGCGCACACACACGCACGCACACACACACACACACACGUUCAUGUUGAAUGAGAUGAAAGUCUAAUGGAUGAUUACAUAAGGGACAGAAUAAAUGGCCGUGCUGCCGUGUCGCAUGGUGACCAGCAUGAAAGCAUAUAGGCGGAUCAGACGCUGGGAAAGACGAGUACAAAGCUGUCCAGUGUCUUUUCAUGUCACUUUCAUUGAGUGGAGGACCACAGGCCUCAUUCAGACGCUAAAGAGGACAAAGAUACGCUCGCUGGAGGCAGGUCACACACUCACCUCCUACAUAGGGAGGAAAACGGACAUGUACUGUAGGAGGGGGCACUAGGAGAUGUGGAACUCAUAACCGAUCAAAGUCCAUGAAACUUCUUCUGGUUUUGCAUGUUUACCUGCUGACACGUCCAUCUGAAGUCUUCCGUCCAAGCUGACAGGACAACAUGGCUGAAGCUGCAUGGUGGUUCCCAGUGGACGCUUCCAGUGGAGUUCUGCUGUAGGAUGCACAUGUGCGUCCCCGCUGGGUUGCCUCCACCGAUGAUUCCCAACCUCUGCUUGGUCAUCCUGUCCAGUUGGACAGUCUCGUCCCAGCCGGGUUUGGAGGAGGUGUUCUUCAGUCCACAGGAUCAGACCGUCAAAGAAGGAGAGGACGUUUCCUUCCGGUGUGUGUCUGGUGAAAGCUCGUCUCCAGCCAGCAUCCUCUGGCUCAAAGAUGGAAACAUGGUCACCACGGGGAGGCAGAUCCAGGGUGAGUACGGAGGUGGCCAGCAGAAGAAGACGUCGGGAACACUUUAUCUCCUCAACGUAAGCUUAGAGGACGAUGGAGCGUAUGUGUGUGUGACAUACAGUCCUUCGCUAAACAUCAGCAAGAAGAGCCGGCCGGCCAAGCUCACUGUGCAGGGAGUCCCUCGCAGACUCAGCAUCACACGGGGCCCUGACAACACCACUGUCGCCGUGGGAACCGAGGCCUCCAUGCACUGUACGGUGCGAGGCUUCCCCGUUCCCAUGGUGCACUGGUUCAAAGACGACUGCCUCCUGGCAAAGUGCUCGGCCUCAUUCAGCCUCCACGACAAUGGACAGCUGCUCACAUUCAGGAAUGUUAGCAAGGAGGAUGAAGGCUUCUAUCGCUGUGAAGCUUCAAACCCGAAAGAGACAAUUAAGUCGCAGGCAGCCUUCCUUCUUCUAGCUGCAGAGAUGGACUGGACUUUCAUCGAGCAGCCCACAAACGUGACAGCGAAGAAAGGACACAACGUCACUGUCUCCUGUAGGCCGCCAUAUAGCAGACCGCCAGCCAGGGUGUCCUGGUUCAAAAACAACCACCUCCUCCCUCCUACAGAUCACGUCAGUGUGCUCCCUGGUGGAGAUCUCCUCAUCCUCAGCGUCCAAGAGGAGGACAGCGGGAGCUACUUCUGCAGGGCCGCUAACAUCCACCUUGGAAGAUUCAUCACGUCCAGAAGAGCUACAGUGACGGUGCACGCCGCUCCGUCAGUGCGACUGUGGCCUCAUGCUCUAACGGUACCACUCGGGGGCCGAGUGUCUCUGCAUUGUCAAGCGUCAGGUGAACCUUCUCCUUCCGUAAGAUGGGUUAAGAGGGGACUUUCUAAGCAGACGGGGGCCAAGAUGGCGCUAAGGAUGAGUAAUACGACCCUCUACAUCGAGUCAGCUCGUAGCUACGAUGAAGGCACGUACAUGUGUGAAGCCAGCAACGCGCUCGGUCACAGUCGAGCAACAUCUACGCUCACAGUCGCUGCGAGUCCCGUCAUUGUGACCUUUGCGGGUCGGGUGACGUGCAAGCUUGGGGCGUCAGCGGCCCUGCCUUGUGCUGCCGUGGGGGUCCUGCCCAUCUGGUACAACUGGACCAGGGGCGGAGCAGAGACAAAGCCCCCCAACGCCACCGCUGACAGGAAACGCAUUGAUAACGAUGGAGGUCUGCAUAUUUCUAAUGUGCAGUGGUCAGACGCCGGCGAAUACUUUUGCACGGCAGAGAACCGAGCGGGACGACACCAGAGACGUACCAUCCUCACUGUCACGGCUGACGAUCGCCUGCUGGAUGGAGGGCAGCAGACAAGGGUGGUCUUGUCUGCCAGCAACAACACAAGCAACGGAUCACAUCUUCAUCGUUCCACUGAGGCCAAGAAGACGCAGCAGGAAGCGUACGCCGCGGCCAAAGUCUGCUCAUCAUCGGACUGCACGGCAACAGAAAACACUCGGACAAAAGCGAGCGUCCCUGAGAUAAAGACGCCUCCUGUGGUGCCGCCUUCAGUCCCUCACAUGCAACCUCCCAUGCUGCCGCCUCCUCCCUAUCCCAACUUCCAACUCCUGAGCACUCGGAAGCCGCUCUUGUAUUCCAGGAACCAACAUCAGCUUCAAGCUGGGGAGGACUUGUCAGCAGAGUCCAGCUCAAACGUUCUUGACGGUCACAGUACGGAAUCGUUACAAGGACGUACAAGGACUCCUAUGGAUCCAUCACAAGUCGACCUGCAUCCCCCAACAAGCCAUGUGUCUCAAACCGAACUGGACCAAACAAGCCGUCCAUCCCUGAUAGAAACAUCUCUUUUUCCCGAGUUCCACCUGGAGAUUUCACCAACACAGCAUCCCGAAUCCCAAAUUCCCAGCCAACCCGCAACCAAAGCAUCCGUAGACACGCCUGAUGCAGACUUUAACUCAUCGUCUCCUCAGACAGAAUCUACUCCUUCUGUCUCCACACAUCCUCCCGACUCCUCGACACUGGACCCCUUGGAGAUUUUCGGUGGGUUAAAUGCGAGUCAGUCUCAGCAGCGUCACCCAGUGGAGUCGUCCAAAGCGGAAGACGAGGAGCAGAGGAACACUUCCCAGUCGCCUAUGACCAGCAACCACCCUCACAGGCAAAGGACAAGGACAGCUGGCCAACAGAAAGACAACCACAAAGCGCUAUCAGGAGUUGAUGAAUACAGAGAUGCUAAUGGCGUGACCCAGCAGUCGCCGUCAUGGCUGCCCGUCCUGGAGAAACACGACAUCCCCAUCGUGGUGGGAGUGGGCGUGUCGCUGGCCUUCAUCUUCAUCACCGUGGCCUUCUACUCUGUGGUGCAGAAGAACGAGCCGGCGCCCACGAGCCGCGCAGGUCGGGAAUCAAAUGACAAAAGUAAACGCGCUAACAUGAGCGUACCCCGUGUUAUACUCCACAGUCUCCGUUCUUGCUGCAGCGUCCCUCAGUCUCCACUUGGAUCAAAUGUGUCCCCUGUCAAAUUGUUCCUCUUCUCCUUGACAGCACAGAGGAAUCUAGGCGUCCCCAUGCGCCACGCAGAACGUCGAGCUGCAGGACGGACAUAUGAAAACAGAGCCUUCGAAGAUGACGAGUGUGUGGCGGUGAUCGAGCACAACUCCAACCCGUCUGACACCCGAGCCAGACCUCCAGGACUCAGCCUCGUCACGGUGCAGAUGGAGCCCACGUGCGAGGACCUCCAAGAGGAGGCGCAACCUCCCGCUUGUGGGGGCAACCACUCGGUGACCGUGGAGACGUAUCCUGAACCAACUGUGGACACAAAGAUUGACCCCUGUGUGGAGGAGAAGGCCUGCAGUCCCCCCAGUCCUUCCAGUCCUCCCAGCAUCCAGCUGCAAUGCGCAGAGGACUGGCAGAGUAAUACGGGAGACAACCACAGCCUGUGCCAGGACACCUUGCCUCCCCCAUCGUCAAAUUUGCCGUCACCUUCACCCUCGCCACGCGACGCCGGCCUGCGCUCCUCUUUGACACUGCAGGGCUCCGAGCCCUUGGCGGCGCCCAUCCACCACAGCCUCAGCAUCUCGCACGGCAACCCCCCUCUGAUGCUCUCCCACCACGUCUCCUUGGGACACACUACUGUGGCGGUGGAUGUUCACGUUUACCCAGCAGUCACGAGCGCUCAGAUCAAUUCCACGUCCACUUUCACGUCGUCUUCUGUUGUGCCGCGCCUAGCUAACAGCCAGGACAGCGAGAAGGCCAGGCUUGAUCAGAGCAAAUAAACACUAAUCGCACGUUUGAACGGUUAGCAUUCUUAACUACUAAGAACUGUAAAACAUAAAAACAAUACAUUGGGCACUUUAGUGUUUGAAGACGAGUCACAUUGCAUAACGACUUCAAGCACAAUAUUAUUAAAGAUUUCAUACGUCGCGCUUUUUUACAUUCUGAACAUUCAAAUACAGGCGUAAAAAGAAGUUAAGCAACUUUAACUUUCAUGAAGAGUGAGAGCUAUCCAAACGAAACCAGAAUGCUCCCCCGUUGAGUCUCAACACAAAGACUAAACAUACAGUGGUGUGGAAAAGCAUGUUUGUCACACUUAAAUGUUUCAGAUUAUCAAACAAAUGUAAAUAUUAGUCAAUGACAACACAACUAAAGACAAAAUGCCGUUUUUAAAUGAAACUUUUUAUUAUUAAGGGAGAAAAAAAUCCAAACCCGCAUGUCCCUGUGUGAAAAAGUGAUUGCCCCCUAAAGCUGAUAACUGGUUGGGCCCCCCAUAGCAGCAACAACUGCAAUCAAGCGUUUGCCAUAACUUGCAAUGAGUCUCUUCCAGCGCUGGGGAGGAAUUUUGCAGAAUUGUUGUUAUUCAGCCACAUUGGAGGAUUUUCCUUUUUAAGGUCAUGUCACAGCAUCUCAAUAGGAUUCAGGUCAGGACUUGGACUAGACCACUCCAAAGUCUUCAUCCAUUCAGAAGUGGACUUGCUGGUGUGUUUUGGAUCAUUGUCCUGCUGCAGAACCCAAGUUGCUUUCAGCUUGAGGUCACCAACAGAUGGCCGGACAUUCUCCUUCAGCAGAGUUCAUGCUUCCAUUUAUCACAGCAAGUCUUCCAGGUCCUGAAGCAGCAAAACAGCCCCAGUUUUCCACACAAGGCCAUGUAGGUUUGGAUUUUUUUCCCCUCUUUAAUAAUAAAAAGUUUCAUUUAAAACAUCAUUUUGUGUUCAAUUGUGUUGUCAUUGACUAAUAUUGAAAUUAGUUUGAUGAUCUGAAACAUUUAAGUGUGACAAACAUGCAAAAAAAGAAGAAUCACUUUUUCACACCACUGUAGCUGUCAUUAUUAUUGUCACUUUAGAAUUAUUACGUUAUACUUAUAAUUGUGGGGUUUUUUUUACUAAUUCUUUCAAUAAAAUAGAGAACUUAGUUUGCUCCUCUUUAGCUUUAGUAACACAUUAUUGAAUAUUAAUUUGUACAACAUUUAUUGUUUUUUGCCGUAUCAGCUUUCAGUGUUAUUCUUUAGCACACUGUUGCAUUUCUUUACUGUACAUGACAUCAUCUUCAUCUUGUCCACAUUGUGAUAAUAUUGGGUUUUUUGGCGGGGGGAUUAUAGUAGAUGUGCUGUAUUGAAUUAUGUUUAGCAUACCAGCCAAGGACUUUCUGACAUUUUUGGUCAGAGAAUAUUGCAAAUGUUGUGAGUGCUGCACACCCCGUUUGUUUCAGUUUCAUUAACUGUCCAACAUCACACACAAACCUGACUGUUAACUGAGUAUCUUUAGACCAAAGGAGGCUACGAGGGGCUACAUUAAUGCGUGUGUAUAAUAUUAAUAAUAUAAAGACAAGUAUUCAAAUAAACUGAAAUAAGUUAUUAUUUUAUUGGCUGGUGAUUGUAUAUACAGCAUGAUUAAAGGGCAUUCAAUACGAAAUUAAUCAGAUUCAUCUUGGCGUAUAUAUAGUUAUUUUUCUUAAUUCCACAAUAAUUAACUGAGGAAUUCACAUGCAGUUUUUUAAAAUCAUUAAUUAAAAUAUGUAGCCAAGUGGAGGAAGUGGAACAUCCGGGCAUUUUAUGACGUGUCCUGUCCGAUAUUGUAAAGAAGUAGCCGCCAUGUUGACGUUGGGGAAAGACGCAGUGAUGAUUAGCAAUUAGCAUUGUGCAACGUGGCAUGGAAAUCACCAUGGACAUGUUGACGCAUUUUAGCAUUAAAAACGAGCUGUUUUAAUAACAAUUACAUGUAAGAUUAACACUGACAUGUACCACGCUUACAGACAUCUGAUUUAAAGGGGUUGAGUGGACAAAAUGCACGGUUUUGGAGAGAUACUUACUACAAGCGUAUGAGCUCUCUACGGGAUCUCUGACUGGACAAUGCUAAUCGGAACGCUGAGCUAUAACAGCGGUUUUUGAGAAUAACAUACAAGGCGCACAACAUAAAACACACGAAAACAAAAAGGGUUUUGUUUGGAAUUUAAUAAUUAUUUCACCGGAUAAAUGUUGAAAAAAGUUGAAUCUCCCAUGUAAUGCACAACAAAGUACUGGCAAAGUCUCAAAGCGAUCUACUGCCACCUAGUGGAUGCAUGUACACUACACCAGCUGUUCCAAUACCCCGAGUAGACCUGCAUACAACUGGAUUUGCACCGUGUUUUUAAUAAUCUUCUGUAAUAAGGCCAUGAUAUGUUUAAAGAAUGCUAAACAAAUGGAGCUGAGCCGCCAGAUGCUGAUUGUUAAAACAUGUAAGCAUCGCCACAAGCCAGACGCAUGAGUGAUUUUUGGCAGUUGAACUCAACGUCCUGCAUAUUUUCCUGCAUACUGAAGCAAUUUUUUAAAAUAUGAUGGUGUGUCAAGAAUAAAUAACAUGCAACCUUUGGUAGAAUACACA